UCAGGGCUCAACCACCUGUCAGUGUGGUGCUGAGUCCCAGCCAGAGAGCUUCUCAUUGUACCUGAACUGCUGUGGAAAGUCUAGAAAGAUGACAUCGGAGACCAAACAGUCAAUUUUUAAAGGAGUGAAUCUCAACUGUGAGACAAACAACACAGAACAUGGCACCAAAAAAAUCUCAAAGGAUCAGCUGAUUGUGAGGCGAGGCCAGCGGUUCACCGUGAAAGUUGAACUGACACAGCCGUUCAACCCCGAUCUUUACCCGCUCACCUUUACAGCAGUAACAGGAGAAAAUCCAUCUGAGGACCUGGGAACAAAGUCAUGCUUUGGUAUGCCAGACAGAAUCCAGCGUUCGCCAUCAGCAAAGGCAGUGUGGAAAGUGGAGCUAGAGAAGGGAUCCAACCCACCAACAGGCUCCUUGAAUUUGACCAUUACCCCCCCAGCUGACACUCCAAUCGGAAAGUACAACUUGACCGCCAGACAUAGGGAUGAGGAAACGUUGUUGGCAGAACUGGUUGUGCUCUUCAAUCCCUGGUGUUCUGAUGAUUCAGUGUUUAUGCGGGAUGAGAAAGAGAGACAGGAGUUUGUGAUGAAUGAACGUGGUAUAAUCUACAAAGGAAGUGGGAACUACAUCACAUCUAUUAACUGGGACUUUGGGCAGUUUGAAGAGGACAUGAUGAAGAUUUGUCUUAAGAUGUUGGAUGUCAACCCCAAACACCUGGCAAAUGCAGCUAAUGACGUUUCUGCUCGCUGUAACCCCAUCUACGUCAGCCGUGUGGUCAGCGCCAUGAUCAACAGUAUUGAUGACUGUGGUGUCCUGGAGGGACGGUGGUCAGCUCCAUUCUGGGGUGGAACUAUACCCUCUCACUGGUCUGGCAGCUAUCCCAUCCUCAAGCGUUGGUAUAACAUCGGCUGCCACCCAGUCAAAUAUGGACAGUGCUGGGUAUUUGCAGGAGUGAUGUGUUCAGUAAUGCGUCUGCUGGGCAUCCCAUGCCGUGUGGUCACCAACUACCAGUCAGCUCACGACAGCAACAAGAAUCUGAUCAUUGAUGUGUACCAUGCUGACUAUGGAGUGAGAGAGAAAGAGACCAAGGACAGUGUCUGGAACUAUCAUGUCUGGUUAGAGUGCUGGAUGAGGCGAACUGACCUGGGAAAAGAUGGUAAAUAUGACGGCUGGCAAGUUCUGGAUCCAACGCCACAGGAGAAGAGCGAUGGUGCAUACUGCUGCGGUCCAGCCUCAGUCAAAGCCAUCCUGAAUGGAGAAACCGAUCUAAAAUAUGAUGCCCCAUUUGUUUAUGCUAUGGUCAAUGCUGACUGCAUUGACUGGCUGUGUAAAGCUGAUGGCACAAUGGUGAAUAUUUUCUCUGACACCAAGAGAAUCGGACAAAAUAUCUCCACCAAGGCUGUUGGCUCCAACACAAGGCUGGACAUCACAGACAGCUACAAGUACAAGGAAGGGUCUAAUGAGGAGAGAACUGUAUUUAGAUAUGCCCUCACCAGAGAUUACUCCAGAGAUGAAGAGGAAAAGAACAAUAGAGGGACAAAUAAUCCAAUCCAGAAUGGAGGGACAACAAAUGGAACUGGGAAUGGAGGGACAACAAAUGGAACUGGGAAUGGAGGGACAACAAAUGGAACUGGGAAUGGAGGGACAACAAAUGGAACUGGGAAUGGAGGGAGGGGAGGGAACAACACAGAGACUACAAAUAAUACAAAUGACAGCAUCCUUCCACUUCCACAAAUAUCCAUGCGAAUUGAAGAGGUAUCCAAGCCAAUGGACGGUCAGGACGUGAGUCUGAAGCUGGUGCUGAACAGUGUGAGCCGCACUGCCAGGCCUGUGUCCAUCAAUAUCAGCGUCCAGGCCAUGAGAUACAAUGGCUCACCGGUUGAAAACAUCCAGACUGAGACAAAGGAAGGGACACUGCAACCUGGGAGAGAUCUGUCCAUCCCUAUCUUGGUCCCCUUCUUGGUGUACCACAAACACAUGGUAGGCUCUGACAGCAUGAAGAUUUCAGCUGUAGUCACAGAUAAGCUGGAGCCGAAAAAUGUCUACCUAGCAGUGAAUGAUGUCAUUCUGUUGGAUCCUCCUAUGUCCAUCACAGUUAAUGGUCCAGUGAGACUGAACCAAAGGACAGUUGCUGAAGUAGUUUUCAUGAACCCAAUCAACAAGAUGCUGACGGACUGCACUCUGACUAUCUCUGGAAAUGGUCUAGUGGAUGGGGAGGAAAAAUGCAUACUUCCAAAUCUGAGGCCAAGCAACAGGAUACGCAUCCAGUUGCCCUUUUUUCCAAAGAAGACCGGAAAGAAAACUCUCAUGGCUGACUUUGACUGCUCCUCCUUCAGAGACCUGAAGUGCACCUGCACUUUCGAUGUUCUACCAUAAACAUAUAUAUAUAUAUAGAUAGAUAGAUAGAUAGAGAU